GUUAAAAUAAGCUCGUAGUUCACUUUCGUUUGUGAAAUAAUCCACAAGUUACUUUAAAAAUGAGUCACGAAAAGGAAAUUUUGAUGGAUACAGAAGCAAAAACUGCAGAAACGGAUCCUCCUCCUUAUAAUUCAGUUAUUUCGGGUCAACCUUCAACCUCAAAUAAUGAGAGGACUUCCCCUACAACUGUUAUUCACAUUUACGUUAAUGAAGCUGAUAGAUGUCCAAAGUGUCAAGUUGCCUUUUUGGAAUAUGAUGAAGUGACUUCCGCAAAUCAACAUGCGUGGUUCUUUUGCUUGCUUUUUGCAUGUUGCAUCAUUUCUUGGCUACCGUACGUAUUACAAAAUUGCGCAUUUAAACGAGGAAGAUGCAAAAAUUGUGGAUAUGUGGCAAAAGAAAUUUUAAAUACAACCAGAAUCACUAUUUUGUAUAUGCUUGGUUUUAUUCUUGCUUUCGUAAUGAUUGAUUUCGUAUUACAAAUUUCUGUAAUCUUUAUAGAUUAGCCAACUUAGUUUUUAUAUUUUAUGAGCAUCAAAAUUAUAAAACAAAAAAAAAAUUCAAAAGAAAUUCAUAAGUUUAGUAAAUAUGUGUAUUAAUUUUUUACUGAGUUAUAUAUUUAGUAUAAAUAUUUUGGUUUUAAAAAAACUUUAAAUCAUAAAU